CCCUGGGUAAUUGAACUCCCGGUCCGUCUUGCAGUGCAUUUUGUGUAUCUAGAUGCCCGUCUUUGUCGGCGUAUCCGUAUCGGUGUAUCCGUAAACUGUUAGUGAAGUGCAACUCCGUCUCUCUGCCUGCCCCCGGUCGCUUGUCGCUUGUCGCUUGUCAAUCUAGGCACUGAUAACACAAAAAAUAGUAACCACGAAACGAAACAUAAACCAACAACAAGAAACCAACAGACAGGCACAGACACAGACACCGACACCGACACGGCAAGUGGCGUAUCUCUUUGAGUCGCCUCACCGUGUGUUCGUUGAUAAAUGCAUUUCAUGCGUUCCAGCUAUGUAAAUAGCAAUUUAAUUUGAGUGUCCACAGUAAACAUAAAAAGACCAAACCAAACCAAACCCAACCCAACCCAACCCGGCAUAUACACAGCUCCUACGAAAAGGGCAGUCAGCAAUUGGACUCGUCGCUGUCAUCUGCAGUCGCAGUCGCAGUCGUCUGGCAACCAAAUAUUGAAUAUUUACAAAUGCGUUGAGUGGAUUUUCGAGUGGCCCGGCACUUACUUGGCAGCAACACUCCAUACCCCAACCCGAAGCACUCCCACUGAGCCGCUGGAUAGUCGCCUGGCUGUAUCAACGGAUUGAAUUGUCAGCAUAUAAUAAAUACCCCUCAAUCCGAUUCGUGAGUGUGACUCGAGUGCGUGUGAGUGCGAGAAUCCCCCGCUAAUUGGCCAGAAAGGAAGAGAGAGCGAGCGAUAAAGGAGCACAAACAUGGAUAUGGAUGUGAUGAUGAUGAUGAUCUGGAUCUGCAUCCUGGCGAGCGCUUUGAUGGCUCCUGGCUGGGCAGAGGCGAACACAUCGCGCUUCGUUCGAUUGCCACAGAGUCAGUCCAUUGUGGAGAACGAGGCCGUUGACUUUGACUGCGAGGCGACGGAUCCCUCCAGCUAUUUGCACUACGAAUGGCUGCACAAUGGUCGUGAGAUUGCGUAUGACAAGCGUGUAUACCGCACUGGCUCACAUUUGCAUAUCGAGGCGGUGCAGCGGGAGGAGGAUGUCGGCGAUUAUGUGUGCAUUGCCACCAGCUUGGCCAGCGGCGCCAGAGAGGCUUCACCACCGGCCAAAUUGAGCGUUAUAUAUCUGGAGUCGGCCAGCGUGCAGCUGCUGGGCAGCAAUCGGAACGAGCUGCUGCUCAAGUGCCACGUGGAGGGCGCCUCCGGGGACGAGCCGCUGCAGAUCGAAUGGUACCGCGACAGCGCCAGGCUGAGCAGCUGGGGCAAUGUCCACUUGGAGCAGCAUCGGCUGCUGGUGCGUCAGCCGAGUGCCUCCGACGAUGGCCUCUACCGCUGCACUGCCUCGAAUGCGGCGGGUCGGGUGAUGAGCAAGCAGGGCUAUGUCUACCAGGCGAACAUCAAGUGUCUGCCGCGGCUGCUGAAGAAGAACCAGAAGCUGCCCGAGUCCUGGAGCAAGCAGACCUUCCUGUGCCGCGGCAAGCGGGGCGGCUCUGGUGGCCUGGAGCAGGCCCUGUCCCCUGCGCCCGAGGAUCUGCGCAUUGUCCAGGGACCCGCUGGCCAGCUGCUCAUCAAAGAGGGCGAUCCUGCCGCUCUCAGCUGCCUGUACGAGCUGCCCGCCGAGCUGCAGAACCAACGCAUACAACUCCGCUGGCGCAAGGACGGCAAGCUGCUGCGUCACGUGGAGCUCGGUGGCGCCAUUCCCAUGCCCGGACACACCCACGACUCUGGCAAGGAGGCGCUGCUGCGCGAGGACGGCCGCCUGGUGCUGCACAAGCAGAACGGCACCCUCAGCUUUGGCAGCAUCAUUGCCAGCGAUGCGGGGCAGUACCAGUGCCAGCUGCAGCUCGAGGGCCAUGCGCCGCUCAACUCCUCCCCCGGCAUCCUGGAGGUCGUCGAGCAGCUAAAGUUCAUGCCGCAGCCCACAUCGAAGAAUCUCGAGCUGGACGCAGCCGUGGCCAAGGUGCACUGCAAGGCACAGGGCACACCGCCGCCCCAAGUGCAAUGGCAAAGGGAUGGCGCUGGGAACAGCUCGCUGCCCGACCAGGUGGAGGUGGACAUCAAUGGGACGCUCAUCUUUCGAAAUGUGCGGGCCGAGCAUCGGGGCAACUACACGUGCCUGGCCAGCAGCAGUCAGGGCCAGAUCAAUGCCACGGUGGCCAUCAAUGUGGUGGUCACACCCAAGUUCAGUGUGCCGCCGGAGGGACCCAUCGAGACCACGGAGCAGGGCACUGUGGCGAUGCACUGCCAGGCCAUUGGGGAUCCCCGGCCGACGAUUCAGUGGGACAAGGACCUGAAGUAUCUCAGCGAGAACAACACGGAUCGCGAGCGGUUCAGCUUCCUGGAGAACGGCACCCUGGAGAUUCACAAUGUUCAGGUGGAGGACGAGGGCAGCUACGGCUGCACCAUCGGCAACAGUGCGGGCCUGAAGCGGGAGGAUGUGCAGCUGGUGGUGCGCAGCACCGGCGAUGGCUUUGCCCCCGAGGAGACGGGCGGCGAUGGCUUCCUGGUCACGCGUGCUGUGCUCAUCACGAUGACUGUGGCCCUGGCAUACAUUGUGCUGGUGGUGGGCCUUAUGCUGUGGUGUCGCUACCGUCGGCAGGCGCGGAAGGCACGCCUCAACGAGCUCAGCAUCAAGGAGGCUGGCGGCGACCAGCCGGAUGCCACCACCACAAAUGGCAAGGGAUCGGAGCAGGAGCCGUGCCUGUCGUCCAAGCAGCGUAAUGGCCAGAGCCAGGGCAAGUCCAAGUCCAACGGAGAUGCCCAGAAGUCGGAUGACACGGCCUGCAGCCAGCAGUCGAGAGGCUCCAAGAAAUCCGUCUACGAGCAGCUCGUCCUGCCCCGCUCGGGCCUCGGCGAGCUCCUGCAGAUUGGACGCGGCGAGUUCGGGGAUGUGUUCGUGGGCAAGCUGAAGGCAUCCCUGGUGGCGGCCAGCGCCACGUCGGACAAGGACGGGGACACUGACAAGCAGCACAGCAACAGCGAGAACGGAAGUGGAGGCAGUGGCAGUGGCAGUGGCAACGGCAGCGGCAGCACCACCCUCAGCACGCUGAACGAGAAGCGACGCUCGAAGACCUCCAUGGACGACAUCGAGGAGAUCAAGGAGGAGGAGCCCGAGCAGUCGGCACUCGACCAGCUCGUUCUGGUCAAGGCGCUGAACAAGGUGAAGGACGAGCAGGCGUGCCAGGAGUUCCGUCGCCAGCUGGAUCUGCUGCGCAGCAUCUCCCACAAGGGAGUCGCCCGUCUGUUUGGUCUGUGCCGCGAGAAGGAUCCCCACUACAUGGUCCUGGAGUACACCGACUGGGGCGACCUCAAGCAGUUCCUCUUGGCCACCGCUGGCAAGGUGAACACAGCCACGGCCACCUCCUCACCGCCGCCACUGACCACCAGCCAGGUGCUGGCCGUGGCCUACCAGAUUGCACGCGGCAUGGAUGCCAUCUACCGGGCACGCUGCACACACAGGGAUCUGGCCACGCGCAAUUGUGUCAUUUCCAGCGAGUUCAUCGUGAAGGUCUCCUAUCCGGCGCUGUGCAAGGACAAGUACAGCCGCGAGUACCACAAGCACAGGAACACACUGCUUCCGGUGCGCUGGAUGGCGCCCGAGUGCAUCCAGGAGGAUGAGUACACCACCAAGAGCGACAUCUUCGCCUACGGCGUGGUGGUGUGGGAGCUCUUCAAUCAGGCCACCAAGCUGCCACAGGAGGAGCUCACCAGCGAGCAGGUUAUCCAGCGGUCGCAGGCCGGCACCUUGGAGUGGACGGUGGCCGAGGCCACGCCCGACAGCCUCAAAGAGAUAUUGCUAUCCUGUUGGUUGGCCAAUCCCAAGGAGCGUCCGUCCUUCAGUCAACUGGCAUCCGCCCUGAGCAAGGCCAUGCAGAGUGGCGCCGAGAAGUGAGGAGGCCCCAGACUGAUUGAGCAAAUGCCAAAAAGUAAUUUCUAGAUUUGUUCCCCAAGUAUAACCCUACCCCUACAGGUAUUUCCCAACCAAGUAUUUUCUUUGCCAGGCUUAACACUAAGUUCUCUGCGCCUGUUUAACAUGCGUUCUAUAUAUGGAUACGUUUUAACUGUACAAAACAUAUGAUAUAUAUUACACCCCAUAUAACACACACACACACACACACAUAUAUAUUGUUCGAUAUUCCCCGAGUAAUCUUACGAUAUCUUCGAUAAUAGUAUUGCAUUUGCGUGGUGAAAUGUACAUAGAAACUGCCACAAAAUAUUUGCAUUUAGACCAGUUGAAAGCAUUUCUAGUAUUAGUGAAUAUUUUAAAGAUCCACACGUCACACAUCGGCAUUUUAUUAUAAAGAAUAAUUAAGAUAUAACUGAAUAAUCCGACGUAGGAGCUCUUUCGAACGCGAAAAGUAACAGAGAACUAAGCCAAAUUUUAGUUUUUAGCAUUGCGAAAUAUAUCCAUUUUUAAACACACUUCAAUAUUUAAAUGCAUACAUCUAUAGGUACGUUUUAUAUAGUGUUUACAGAUACAAUAGAAUAAGGAACACACACACACACACACACACACACAUUUAUAACUAGUAUUUUAAGCUUUGAUGCAUGUUUACAAAACAUUUAAAUAAACACGAAUAAAUAAAUUUAACCGACA